CGGCAUUUCUUUGUCCCUCCCCUCAUUCCCAACAUCUGUACCCCUGAGCGCGUAUCCUCCAAGCUAUAGCCUGAGGCUGAGACCCCCGGUGCGGGGGGGCACAAGGGCUGUCCACUGUCCUCGGAGUCUAGGUCACAUUAGCAGACUUCAGCAUGACAGAGAGAGCCUGGUGCUGCUCCCUAGAAAUAGUGCGGAAGAGGCUUCCCAUCCUGGGAUGGCUUCCCCACUAUUCCCUGAAGUGGCUGCAGCUAGACAGCAUCGCCGGGUUCACUGUGGGGCUGACUGUUGUGCCCCAGGCUCUGGCCUACGCUGAGGUGGCCGGGCUGCCUGUACAGUAUGGCCUCUACUCCUCCUUCAUGGGAUGUUUUGUGUAUUGUUUCCUGGGCACCUCUCGGGAUGUGACCUUGGGCCCCACAGCCAUCAUGUCCUUGCUGGUUUCCUUCUAUGCCUUACACCAGCCUGCCUAUGCCGUGCUCCUAACUUUCCUCUCUGGCUGUAUCCAGUUAGCCAUGGGGAUCCUGCACUUGGGGUUCCUGUUGGACUUCAUUUCCUACCCUGUUAUUAAAGGCUUCACAUCUGCUGCUUCAAUCACUAUUGGGUUUGGCCAGAUCAAGAACCUCCUGGGUCUGCAUGACAUCCCUCAGCAGUUUUUCCUUCAGUUGUAUUAUACCUUCCGCAAGAUUGGGCAGACCAGGGUAGGAGAUACUGUCUUAGGGCUGGUUUGCAUGGUACUCCUCCUGCUGCUGAAGGUGAUGAGGGACCAAGUGCCACCCCUCCACCAGCACAUGCCACCUUGUGUCCGGCUCAGCCACCUGCUAGUCUGGGCCAUUGCAACAGCCCGAAAUGCUUUAGUGAUACUAUUUGCUGGCCUGAUUGCCUACUCCUUCCAGGUGAUGGGAUCUCAGCCAUUUCUUCUAACUGGGAAAACUGCAGAAGGUCUCCCUCCUUUCCAGCUUCCUCCCUUCUCUGUGACUACCCCCAAUGGGACUGUGUCCUUUAACCAAAUGGUACAGGAUAUGGGUGUUGGGCUGGCUGUGGUGCCCCUAAUGGCCCUGUUGGAAAGCAUCACUAUUGCCAAAACCUUUGCAUCUCAAAACAAUUACCACAUUGACUCCAACCAAGAGCUAUUGGCCAUUGGUCUCACCAAUUUACUGGGCUCCUUUGUCUCUUCCUACCCUGUCACAGGCAGCUUUGGACGGACAGCAGUGAAUGCCCAGACAGGAGUAUGUACUCCAGCAGGAGGACUGGUGACAGGACUCCUAGUAAUGUUAUCUCUCGCCUACUUGACUCCACUUUUCUAUUAUAUUCCCAAGGCUGCUCUGGCGGCUGUCAUCAUCACAGCUGUUGCCCCCCUCUUUGAUGCCAAAAUUUUAUGGACAGUCUGGCGUGUGAAAAGGCUGGAUUUGGUGCCAAUGUGUAUAACUUUCUUGCUCUGUUUUUGGGAAGUGCAGUAUGGCAUCCUGGCUGGGAUCCUGGUGUCUGGAAUACUGCUACUUUACCAUGUGGCCAGACCCCAGAUUCAGGUAACAGAAGGCCCGCUGCUUAUCCUGCGACCCAUUAGUGGCCUUCACUUUCCAGCAGUUGAAGCUCUUCGGGAGACUGUAUAUCGCCAGGCUCUCUCAGCAUCACCCCCACGUUGCACCAUCUUGGACUGUACCCAUGUUAGCAACAUUGAUUAUACAGUGGUGACAGGACUUGGGGAAUUGCUAGCAGAGUUUCGAAAUCAUGGGGCCUCCUUGGUUUUUGCCAAGUUGCAGACUCCUGUUCUUUCUGACCUUCUGUCGGCUAACCUGAAUGGAUUCCAGCAUUUCUCCACCCUUGAAGAAGCAGAGAAAUACCUGAGUGAAGACUGAAGUUUCUAGCCCUAUAACGUCAAUGAAGACUCUACCGGAACCCAUGAUUGUCCCACUCAUGCCCACCAGUUGGUCUUGUUCUAUGGCAAGGGAUGGUGAAAAGGUCUCUCCAUCAGCAUAAGCCAUGGAUCCUAUCACCAUGGACUUUUCUUGUGAAGCAUCUUUUGCACUGGUGUGCUCAAGGAAAACUCCAGUGGGUGACACUAUAGAGAAAUGAUGGGGAGGAAAACCUAUUCAUCUUAAACUGGGCUCGGGCCUUUAGGGAGCAACAGUUGGAGUAUCUGACUAGGAUGAGUGAUGAUUUCUAGCAUUCCCAGAGAAUUCCUCUUCUAAUUGAAAAUGGUUCCUGCUCCUCCUUUCACCUCCGUGCCCCACUCCUUCUACCACUCAUCCAUCUUUAGACUUGCCUGCUCCAACCAGUAAGAGAGCUUCCCAUCAAGUUACAAGCAAUACAAGGGAAGGGUAAAUGGAAAGACGAUCUUUGCCCUCAGAGUUGAGUCAUGUAGAUAUAAAUAGAACCCUUAACCUGGGGCUUUGGUUGGAUUUUGGAUUUUGGAAGCACUGGAGUGAAGGGAAUGAGGGAAUGGGCAUGGAAGUGAAGGCAGGAGGAAAUUCUAUCAGGGAUGAUUCCCUGGGUAUAUUCUAGCAUUAGAGGAGGACAAUAACUCUCCUUGAAUUUUCCUGAUCAUUGGAUAAUAGAAUCUGAACUGUUAAGGACUUAAGCAAUGUCUGGUCCAGCCCUCUCACUUUAUAGGCAAGGAAAGUGAGGACCAGAAAAGUUAAGUGAGUGACCCACCCAUAUGACUAUACAAAGUAAAUACAAGAGCUGGAAUUUGAACCCAAG